AUGGUAUCUCGCAUGGCUGCUUUGAAUUCGCUCUCUUCUGUUCAGUUCAGAGUCUCCGACAUUCUUGGAACUCGUCUGAAACCUUGUGUCCUCUUUCCAAUUCGGAUAACAAAUAUGUCCGUAAAGCCGUUUGUGAUUGAAGCAAGAGGGAAUUCUCGAGUUGAGAGUCCGAAAACCAGGAACCGGAGGAGCAGGAAGAAGUUUAAUGGAACACAAACAAAACCAAGACUUUCGGUGUUCUGUUCAGACAAGCAACUCUAUGCUAUGUUGGUUGAUGACUUUAACAAAAAGUGUUUGUUCUACGGUAGUACAUUGCAGAAGUCCAUUCGUGGAGAUCCUCCAUGUACCGUCGUUGAAGCAGCGAAACGGGUUGGAGAGGAGCUCAUCAAGGCUUCUAUUGACCUCAAGAUUAACGAGAUAUCAUCUUAUGAUCGAAAUGGAAAUGCUAGAGGCGAAAGAAUGCAAGCCUUUGAAAUUGCAAUUACGCAACACGGGUUCUUGCCAUAA